AUCUGCUCUUUUGCGCGUCACACAUCCCGAGCAGCCAGACGGACCCACGCAACGCCGGUGACUCGUCGUCGUCACUCCGCGCUGGAAGAUGGCUGCGGUGGAGCGGACCCCGGUCAGGGAAGGGAUCCGGAUAUUUUUACUUUGUGUGUGCUGGUACACGGUCAGCUCGGGGGGCAACAUCGUCAACAAGAUCAUCCUCAAUGGGUUCCCGUACCCGGUCACGGUCUCUCUGUUCCACAUCGUCUCUAUCGUCGUCUUCCUCCCGCCGCUGUUGCGGGCUUGGGGAGUCCCAAAAACUGAACUGCCGAGCAGGUACUACCGGUGGUACAUCCUGCCUUUAGCCUUCGGGAAAUACUUCGCGUCCGUUUCGGCUCACUUCAGCAUAUGGAAAGUGCCGGUUUCGUAUGCGCACACCGUCAAAGCCACAAUGCCAAUAUGGGUUGUGCUCUUAUCACGAAUUAUCAUGAGGGAGAAACAAACCACGAGGGUUUACGUCUCGCUCAUCCCCAUCAUCGGUGGAGUGCUGCUGGCCACAGUGACCGAGCUUUCCUUUGAUGUGUCAGGACUAAUCAGCGCUCUGGCCGCCACGCUCUGCUUCUCUCUGCAGAACAUCUUCUCCAAAAAGGUGUUGCGAGACACAAGGAUCCACCACCUGAGGCUGCUCAACAUCCUGGGCUUUAACGCUGUGAUCUUCAUGGUUCCCACCUGGGUUCUGGUGGACCUGUCUGUGUUCCUCGUGAACGGAGACCUGUCGGAAGUCUCGGAGUGGAGCGGCACCUUGGUCCUCCUGCUCAUCAGCGGCUUCUGCAAUUUCGCCCAGAACGUCAUCGCCUUCAGCGUCCUCAACCUCGUCAGCCCGCUCAGCUACGCCGUCGCCAACGCCACCAAGAGGAUCAUGGUCAUCAGCAUCUCGCUGCUAAUGCUACGCAACCCGGUCUCCCUCACAAACGUCCUGGGUAUGAUGACGGCUAUAGUCGGGGUCUUCCUUUACAACAAGGCCAAGUACGACGCCAACAGGGAGAAGAAGCUGCUGCCGAGCUCCAAGCAGGACCUGACGUCCUUCGUCAACCCGGCGCUGGAGAAGAUCCAGGCCAACGGGUCAGUGCCUUUCUCCCACGGCUCGGAGCAGCAGCACGGCUGGAACAACGUGCUCACCGACCACUUCCAGUACAGCCGGCAGGCCUACACGACAAACUACAACAGCAACCACCAGUACGUGGUGUAAAGGAGGGGUCUUCCUCGCUCCGGGUAGCUGUCAUAGACAUCACUGUGCGUAGCCACCCUCCCAGCGGCGGGUCCUCACCACCCGCUCCAAACUCGAGACUGAAGGCAAGUGCUGUUUGUUCUGGAUGUUAAAAUGAGAAGAGUUCGGCCGCGACGGGGCCAGAGAUGUGACUUCUCCCAUGCCCCUCAAUCUCUAAGCUUCAUCUUGUCACAUCGUCGCUGCAAGUCAUUGUUUAUUUAUUACGUAGGUACUGACUGUAUGAGGGGUUUGAAAGGAAAUGUAACUUAUGUCAGCCAUUUUCAGACACGCUGGUGUUGGAUUAAGCCAUGCAGAGAAACGGGCCACAGCGGGGUAGACGUGUGGAAUCACAGAAGGAAAAAGGAUUUCCACACGACUGUCUGGAAAUGUUUGAGUUUUAAGUUAUUUUGUUCACUUUCAUGGGAAGGGGUGUCAUCUGUCCCCGUUUACUGUGAACGUUUACUUGCGCCGAAUCACAAGUCAUGUCAUGUUAUAUUUUAUUAGCUACCUAGGUUCAGUGUAAGGCCUUAAUAUUUUGGGUAUUUUGGUAUUUUUUACCAUGGGUUACUUCGUGCUCGGGUUGGACAUUUUUCUUUCUGAGGCACUUGUCACCGUGUGAGGAGAAACAAACUGCUGGGAUUGGUCUGUUCAGACUUUUAUUUUACACGAUCAUCGCACUUUACUUAGAAAAAUUAUGGAAUCACAUCAACCGUACAUGUGUUUAGAGCUAAUUAGCAUAUGCUAGCACGCUGACAUGCUAUGGUAAACAUUCUGCUCCUUGAUGUGGUGGAUUUAAAGUCAUCGUGAGCUUGUUAGCAUGCUGACAUUAGCAUUUAGCUUAAACUACAACCUCCCAGAGUCUCUAGCAUAGCAUCAGACAAAAUACACAAGACGCCACCACAGAUAUAAAUUUCUCUAACUCGUAAACUUUGCAAGUUUGUUCACAAAUGCGAGUGCCUGAUUAAGAAAAAUGUCUCCAUCAUGCACAAAAUAUCUUCCCUGCGUCUGCAAGAUGCUAAUGCCCAUAAACCGUUUCUUCACGCAGAUCAGUAAAAUAAAGUCGGACUUGUUCUCGGCGGUAGUGUCUGCGUAAAUGUAAAAAAAAAAAAAUACGCUUAAAAUUAGAUUUACCAAAACAGCACAUCCUUCACCUAAGCAUGUCCAAUGUCAUAGAGAUGUUAAAAUUGACUGUAUUGCUGUCAUGAUCUGGAGAACUGAUUUAAAGCAACGCACAGUUUGUUUGUUUUUUUAAAAAAACAAAAACAAAAUCAAAAAAAUUUGGUAUUUAUUGAUCUGUGAAGCUUCUCAGGCAGAGGGACAUUUUCUGUCCUGUUAGGCGAUAAUUUCUUUUCGACCUGAACCAAAGCUGCUCUGUUGUUUUUCUGUUUUUGUGAACAGAAGCUCGAGUUUGCACAUCACCGGAACGACUAAGUGCGUUACGCAGAUCGUGACCGUCUGCCGAGUGACUUCACUGUUUGCUUUCAAGCCUUUUUUUGCAGCAGCAGCAACGGUGUGUCAGUUACCGGACAGAUGUGAUUUAAUAUGAGACUUAAUAAGAAAUCAGAGGUCUGGUUUGUGCAAUUAAAGAUUCAAAUUUAUCUGUGGCUGGACUUAAAUAUCACCGACAACUGAUAAUCAUUUGUUUUUCAAAGCUUUUUUUUUUUUACUGCUUCUGGGAACUAUAAGAUGUGGGAAACGUGUUUUUCUCCUUGCUUUCUCUUAACGCACGCUCAUUUCAACGUGAAGCGAAUAGUUGCCUAUGAGCUUGUUUUUUCAGCUGUUUUCCCUCGUGGAUGUGGCCAUGUUCUACAUUUUAAAGCGCUGCCACAGUAUUUAGCCUGAAGAAGAAGAAGAAGAAGAAGAACAAGAAAAAAAUGACUACUUUGAGAGAUCGGAGGGCUUCCCAGAAACAAGUGUUUUGAAUAGUCAUCUUUUUGCUCCCAAAAAUGACAUCAAUGUCCGACACUGAUUGAACAGGAACAUGGGAACGCUAGUCACAUGGUGAACUUUAAAAUCCCUGGAAUAAUUACAAGCUUAAUCAAAUUACUUUUGCUGAUAAGACUGUUUUACUGAAUCAUCAAAGGACACAAACUGCAUCCUCGGAGGGAGAUGAAUUAAAACACAUUUAAUAUUUCAUGAACGUGGCAUUUAUCUACUGGAAUCAAUUACUUUGUAACGGAGAAUCCAGUGUUUUGUGUUGUGCUGCUCAUGGGUGCAGGAACAGCAGAUAAUUAACCCGUCUCUGCAACUUUGUGGAGCUGAUUCCUUUGUUUGUUUGUUUGUUUUUUCUUUUACAUCUGCACACGUCUCAUAUCUUUCCGAUAAGCUCCCGUUUGCAUCGGAUGUGCAACCUUCCCUGUAACAAACAUACGAGUCUUUAGACAACAAAGUAGAGCCUUUGGCAGUUUAAGAGCCGGCUAUGUUUACAUGGACACUGUUGGUCUGCUAAUAAUCAGAAUAAAAAUGGCUCCACAAUAGAAACAGGCUGGGCACCUUUGGAAGAAUUAUCCCACUGAAAGGGGUGACACAUUUCGGGCAACAUGACGCGUUUCCAUGGAGGGAGAGAGACGUAAGCUCGCGACAUGGGAAUAUUAGAAAGAAAAUGUCUCGGUCCAGUUACGUCACCUUUUUCUAACGAAUUUUUUUCCAUUGUUUUUUUGGUAAAGAUCAGAGGAGAAUUCUGGUAGACGUGACUCUCCAGAUUCACCAGAAUCUCUUUAGUCCGGAGGAAAUGCCUUUACCAGAUGGUUUCAUUUAGCAUCCACGUAAAUAGUAUCUUUCAUAUUAAUUUCAUGUGACUGAAGAAGUAUUUUCCAUGUAAACAUAGCCUCUGCUAUAUCAAGACGCCGGUGACUUUUACUAAAUCUUUCACUAAUCUUAGAAGAUUGCUCACACAACUCCAGCUUUUUUGUGCUUUAUACUGUUUUUUGUUGUGUUUUUUGUUUGUUUUUUUGCCCUGUGCGUUAACGCUGUUGCCUCUCGAGUUUCUGAAGAUCAAGAGGAAAUCUGUAAAGAAACGGAUGGUUUAAAGUCAAAUUGAACGGACUCCUUAUGUGAAUAUCAGACUGGUGCAAUAAUUCACGUGAAAGGCAAAACAUGAGCUUAACUUAUUAGAUAAACGUUUCAUGUGAAGGGCAGAGUUGAUUUAAACAAAUAAAAGCAUAUCAGCUGGAGCGACUACAUCCGGACGAGCUACUCGAUGAAGACGUGGCACACGUCAUGAUUCAAGAAUGUAAUUUACACAUCGUGCUCGCUUUCCACACGGACGAACUUCGGAUGAAGUGAAGCUGGUGGACUGAACUGGUCCUCAACUUUUAAUCAGCAUUUGGGAGCGAGGAA